GUUCGUUGUUUUUCUUACAGAAAAAAAACAGUAAAAGAGUGCAGAGAGAAAUAGUGAAAAAAUGCAUUAUUAGUUACAAAUCUGCAAUUGAAUAAUCAGUGAAUUGUGCAUUACCCUGCAGCUAUUUCACAAAAAUUCAAAAUGCGUACGCAAAUUAUGUAGCUGCUGUGGCUUUUCCACCAAAUCAAAAGAAUAUCGGUACAAAAGGAAAACAAAAUACACAGCCAAACGCGAAUGUAAAUGUGAAGCACAGGGCAAAUUUCAUUGCAGCCAGCAGCGUCGCAGAGACAACAACCUAGCAGCAGCAGCAGCAGUUGACGGAGAUAAGCAGCAACGCAGCAAGGCAGCACUGACAGCAGGGGCAGCUGCACGCACUGAUAACAAUUGAUACUGAUUACCGAAUACUCAAUACUGGUCCCGAUUCAACCCGCGUGUCUCCUGCGCAGCGGCAGCGGCCACCUUCUCGCUUAUCAUUGACCGAGCAUGUCGCACGGCAGCGCCGGCGCGCAAACUGUUGGCGGUGGCGUUGGCGGCGGCAGUGUCGGCGGCGGCAGCUUGGGCGGAGCAGCGGCAGCAGCAGCAGCGGCAGGAGCUGGCUCUGAAUAUCGCGAACUGCAUUGGACUGUAUCGAGCGUGAUGGACUCCUCUCGCGUAUCCACCUGCCUAAUAUCAAUGCUGCUGAUUGUCUAUGGCAGCUUUCGCAGUCUCAACAUUGAGCAGGAAGCGCGGGAGCGAGAGCAAAAGAAACGCAAUGAAUCUAUGACGAAUCUGCUAACCGGCGACCACGUCGAGAAGGAUCCAACGGAUAAGUUUGCCACGUUGGAUACGAUGCAUGCGCUGUGCUUGCCACUGGGUGCUUCCAUAUCGCUGCUCAUCAUGUUCUUCUUUUUUGACUCAAUGCAGCUGCUCUUUGCCGUGUGUACAGCCAUUAUUGCCACUGUGGCGCUGGCAUUUCUGCUCUUGCCCAUGUGCCAGUAUAUAAUACGCCCCUGCUCGGAUGGUAAACGCUUCUCCUUUGGCAUCUGUGGACGUUUUACGGCAGCGGAGCUAUUUAGCUUUACACUCUCCGUCUCAAUUGUGUGCGUUUGGGUGCUUACUGGGCACUGGCUGCUUAUGGAUGCCAUGGGCAUGGGUCUGUGUGUCGCCUUUAUUGCGUUCGUGCGAUUGCCCAGCUUGAAGGUGUCGACGCUGCUGUUAACCGGUCUGCUGAUCUAUGACGUUUUUUGGGUAUUCCUUUCAUCGUACAUAUUUAGCACAAAUGUGAUGGUCAAGGUGGCCACACGACCCGCCGAGAAUCCCGUUGGCAUUGUGGCGCGCAAAUUGAAUUUGGGCGGCAUUGUGCGGGACACACCGAAGCUAAACUUACCGGGCAAACUGGUUUUCCCCAGCAUUCACAACACGGGUCAUUUCUCGAUGCUCGGCCUGGGCGAUGUGGUUAUGCCAGGUCUACUGUUGUGCUUUGUGCUACGUUAUGAUGCCUAUAAAAAGUCACAGGGCUUUACAUCGGACCCAACACUAUCACCGCCAAGGGGUGUUGGCUCCAGGUUGACAUAUUUUCAUUGUUCCUUAUUGGGUUAUUUCCUCGGUCUGUUAACGGCAACGGUCAGUUCGGAGGUCUUUAAGGCCGCACAACCCGCCUUACUCUAUUUGGUGCCGUUCACGUUAUUGCCACUGCUGCUGAUGGCCUAUUUAAAGGGCGAUCUGCGACGCAUGUGGAGCGAACCGUUUAUAGCGCAUCCACCAUCAAAACAAUUGGAAGUCUGAGUGUACUCUAUCUUAAAUCAGAAUUAAUGAAAAACUUAAAAAACUAAAAACAAA